UCCGACAUUCUCGGAAACCGUUCGGAAAUCCCUUUUAGACUGGUACUCAGGUUUAUAAUUGUCUUUCCCGUUCCAUUAACAAUUGUUGGAGUAAGGUAUCGAUUCGAAAACACAUGCGGGGAUUUCCCGUCCAGGUUCACGGUUUUAUUUACAGUUUGAUGUGCUGGGUGGAUAAACUGCACGAGUGAGCACAUUGUUUGCAUUUGCAAGACAGAUACCUUAGAUGCAAUGGACAGACUGAACAUCACUCAACUGCAGAUUGCUGCUGGGCUAACAUUUGGUAGUCUAGGACUGCUAUGGCUGUGGCGUCAACUUACACUGAGACGAGGAAGAGCGCUUUUCAAAGAUAAAGUGGUUCUCAUUACAGGAGCAAGUUCAGGACUAGGAGAAGCAUGUGCACAUGCAUUCUACAGAGAAGGGUCCAAGGUUAUAUUGUGUGCCCGGCGAGUCAAGGAGUUGGAGCGAGUCAGGAAUGACCUCAGUUCACUCAAACUGCCAAUACCCACCCAUUCUCCUUGUAUCCUGACUCUUGACCUGGAGGACUUACAAACUAUUCCUAAGAAAGCUGAAGAGGCAUUGGCUCUGCAUGGCAGGGUUGAUAUUUUGGUCAACAAUGGUGGAAUGGGAUACAGGGGGACUGUGGUGGGUACGGAGAUGUCUGUUCACCAGAAGCUCAUGAACGUCAAUUAUUUUGGCUCCGUUGCAUUGACGAAAGAACUUCUCCCAAGUAUGAUUGCUGAAAGAUCAGGCCACAUCGUUGCAGUCAGCAGUGUACAAGGAAAGAUUGCUAUUCCGUAUCGCUCAGCAUAUGCAGCAUCCAAACAUGCUAUGAAUGCAUUCUUUGAUUCACUGCGUGCUGAGGUAGCCCAGCAUAAUGUCUGUGUGACAGUCGUCAGUCCUAGCUAUAUCAAGACCAAUAUAUCCUACAAUGCAGUUACUGCAGACGGCAUGCGUCACGGAGAGCUUGAUCAUGCCAUAGCAACAGGGAUGACCACUGAUUAUGUAGUGAAGGAAAUCCUUGCGGCAAUGAUCAGGAAACAAAGUGAUCUUGUCCUGGGUCCUGUCCACCACAGACUGGCCAUCUACUUGAGGGUCUUUUCUCCGUGGCUGUAUGCUUGGAUCAUGUCACGACGAGCCCUUGGGGGUGAGGAUUAAACCCUCAGCUCUGAGGGACCAUCAGCAACAGCCAAAAAAACCAAUAAAAAUGCCCUUGACUUUCCCUUUGGAAGCAAGUUUCAAAGGUGCACCAUAUUCAUACUGCUAUUUGAAAUUGUUGUGUGACAAGGAAAAGGACAUAAGCAGCCCAGGCACGCAAAAAACACUUUUGGAGAUAAUUGAGUUGAAAAGUUUUGUGCUGCCAUUUCUAGAUUAAAAAUCACGUAAAGUUGAAAUUUUGACUGAUGACAUUCGUUAAAAAUUAGAAUAAUUUUGUGCAUUUAUAUGUCAAAAUAUUACUUAAUUGUAAAGUUAUUUCAAUUUUUACUCUUACAACCUUUUACCGGGAACUUCCCAAGCCUUAAACGUACGCUUAAGCGGCAUGUUAAAUCCUUACGUCCUUUUGCUGGGAACAAAAUUUGCUUUGCGUACCCACUUGAGGGGGAGGUUAGGGCGCUUCAAACAUUUUUUGUUACAUUAUAAUUACACUCUUACGACCUUUUGCCGGGCACAAAUAUUGAAAAACCUCCUUCCGUCUUUUGUUUACUGUUAAUUACGUCAGAAUGACGUAGCCCUUCGAGACAAUAAGUAAAUCAAAUGAAAGAUAUUUCCAAGCUCUAUGGAUUACCCACAAAAUCCGAAUUUGACCUUUUGACCCAUUUUACGCCCUUGCGACCUUCUUCCAGGCACCUAACGAAAUAAUGUGGAAAUUUAGUUUUUAUGUGUGCUGGUAGAAUACAUUGAAAUUAGAUCAUAGUGGAAUGGAAUUUGCAUGAUGUGUUCUAAAUGCAACACACAAGUACACAAAUGUGGCCAGCAUGGGCGCAUUUAUGAACAAAAAUAAUGGGUGCAGGACAUUUGCACAAUGUGUGCCUUGUUGUUAGGUUAGGGCAAACAAAACACUCAUCUUAUGAUUAAUCAUUUGGGUUUUGGGAUCAGCUUGAAUACCACACCUUUAUUGAAUACAAAUACAGAUACCUUAAAUGGCUGUACAAAAGCCGUACAUUUUGAGCUGUCUAUAGGUUUGUGCACAAACAGGUUUGCAUCAAGUAGGCUACUGGUACAGUGCAUAUGAGCGAAUUGGCCCUGUAGUGAUUUUAAAUAUCUCCAGUAAUUUUAAUUUUGUUUUACAUGUCUGGCAUCCUGAGUUUCAAAAAUUACAUGUGCAGUCCACUUCGUUUGCCCAGUCAUAAUAAACUGUUGCCAUAUCACAUGCUUAGGGCAAAGCCUUAGUCCAGCAAGCCUCCAGCUUUGGAAUUGUCUAGUGUCUGUUUUUUCCUCACCCAAUUAAACAGACUUGAACAAUUCAGUGACGCAGAUACUCAAAUUUAACUCACCAAAGGUGUGCAUUUUAGAUCACUUUCAAAUAAUUUGUUAAACUUUAAUUUUCUAGUAGGUCUUUAAACAAUAAGAAAUCCUAAAGAAUAAACACUUAACCGUUUUUUUCUUCUAUAUUCUAAGGAAUUAAUGCUUAAACUUUCUAAAAGCAAUUAAUUUCACUAGAUUAACUUCACUGAGCAGUACUGCCAAUAAAUCAUUUAGAUUACAACCUUUUCAGAUGACAAACUGUAUUUUAAAAAGGAAUGUCAUUGUAAACGAUUUGAAUGCUUGAUGGGAAAAAUCAAUAAAUGACCAAGUACAGAGUAGAUCAUGAUAAGUUAUUUAUUCAGUUAAAUUAUGUUUCAACAAUGUAUUUCAAUAUUGCAAUGUGUAUUAAUAAACAUACCUUAAUUUAAACUUCUACUGAAGAUACAUUCAAUUUAUCAUUCUGUAAAAUAAAGGUCUAUGGAUUGUGUAAAUGUCAUUUGCAGUAUGGAGAAGCAAAUGUACACAUAUUAACAUUGUGAUGAAACCCCCCCCCCCCAAAAAAAACAACCAAAACAACAGAAACAAAACUAAUUCAAGCAAUUCAGAAUACAACUGCGCAUGCGCACAAUGAUAUGGGUCACAGGUCAUUCGAGAUAAUGAAACGCUCAUCAAAGGCGCAUGAUCACGCACAAGAUGACGGUCGCACGACGCUCGCGUAACAAUGCGAAUAGAUACAAGACACU